UACCUAGCAACCCACGCUGAGCUCCAGCUCGUUUAAUCACCUGGUUUAAAACAAGUGUUUUGUUGUUAACUAGCCAUCCAGAAACUACUUUCUGCAUGGAUUAUACAACCAGUAUUUAAAUGGAUUUGUAAUGAACUCUUCGUGUGACUAACGCGGUUCUGGUCGCUGAGAAAAUGCCACCAAAGAGCCGGUCGUCGAGGGAAAUGCAUGACCUUAGGUGCACCAUUGAGGGAGAUCCUCCCUGUUGCUGCCUCUUCGUUCUGCUGAAAACAUUCCCAUGCAUGUGGGCCUCCCAGCGGAUGUUAAUAUAUCACCAGUGAGUCUGCAGCCUGACCUUUGACCCCCAGCGGCUUUGUCAGUGGGACAGGCCAAGCAGCUGGGUCAAAGUGAAGAUGGAUUCCCUGCAGGAAAAACAUCUGAAAGCUUCCAGGGUUUUGCAGAAUCUUAAGGAAACAAACAUUGUGACCGACACGGUGCAAACGGCCGGGAGUUAUCUCGCACAGGGCCAAGAAGCUGUCAGAAACUGGCCCCCAUACUUGACAAGAGGACCGGUUCUGGACACCAGGGCCCGGUACGAAGGGGACGGGGUCCGCUACAAAGCCAAGCUGAUCGGCUUGGACCCGCUGCCGGACCCUCAGGGAGAGAAGAUGCUGCUGGACUCCAUGAUGAAACUGAAGGGAUUUGAAGUUUCAGCGAGGAAACAGGGACAACACAAGAUGAGGAUCUGGCUGAAAAUUUCCUCCAGUGGCUUAAAGAUUCUGGAUGAGCGGACCGGGAUGGUCCUUCAUGACCACCACAGAUCCAGGAUCAGCUCGGUGACCAAAGACAAGUCGGACCCCCGAGCGCUGGCCUACAUCUACAGACAUGAAGACGCUCACAUCCUGUUCUACAUCAAGGCGGGACACCAGGCGGAUCCAAUAAUUUUGGACAUCAUGGAGGUUUGUCGCCGUGCGGAGCAACAGGAAACGUCUCAGCAACACCAGCCUACGGCAAGCCAAAAUAUCUCUUUAGUGACGCUGACUGACGGUCCGGCUUCUCCUGAAACGGGAGCAGCUCUGGAGAAUGGGUUUAGUCCUCCACCUGCACCAUCAUCAGGACAAAUAAAGCAGACGUCUUCUAGUAAUGAACUGUUGGAGAUAUUUUCUCCAGAUCCUCUGACUCCCAACAUCCCACCUGUCAGCCAGCCAGAGUCUCCACAUCCCAUCCUCUCCACCGCUCAGCUCCUCUCCAUGUUCCCCACCCAGCCACCAGGGGGCUCUCCGUACAUCUCCCCACCAGUGUCUCCCAGUUCAAUGCCCUGGAAUCAGCAGGGGCUUACUGGAAACCAGUGGCCCUUUGUCCCAGCCGGGCCACCGGCAGCGGUUACAGCGCCCCCUGCUGCUGUCCUGCCUCCACCCGGAUUCAUGAUGGCGAUGAACCCAGCCGUGCCGCCGCUAGUUAACGGAUACCAGAACGCCUCACACCCCGCGUAUCCACCGGGCGGCGCUCCUGCACCGGACAACAACCUGCUGCUCUGAACCGGCGGGACGGGAACGGCCUCGAUUUAUGUCUCCAAAUAUUUAGUUUGAUUAAUAAUCAUUAACCAAAUUAAAUAUUAAUUUAGCUUGAUUAAACUAAAUUAAUAGUUUAAAAAUUAAACUAUUAAUUAUUUUUAAUUAAUAGUCAAUUAAUUAAAAUAAUUAGUGUUGAAUCGACUUUGACGAUUCAACACUUUAAUGAACUACUUGCUAAAUUAACACUUUCCAUCUGGAAAACACAAUUCCUUUAAAAAAAACAACUUAAUUAUUAAUCUGAUACAAAGAAAUUAUUUAAUUCAAACCACAUUUGGUAUUUGAUUAUUUUCUGUUUUUGCUGAUUUUAAAACUCUCAAUCACUGAUAUGAUGUUUUGUUAAUUCGGGAUCAGAAAAUGUUCUGUUUUGUGUUUUUAAGGAGUUUUCUGCUGCACAAACUUUAAACUCCCUGUAAGUAAAUUAGAUCUUUUAUUGGAUUAAAUGACGCCUGAAAACAGA